AUGGUCAAUUUUCCGGACGCUGUCAAUGCUGCCGCUGGGACUGAAGUCCGCAGACCAGCGUGGGCAGAUUCCCCAUAUCAGCCUCCAGCCAGUUCGAAGGACAUCACAGACCGGUGCAUUGAUGUCUACAUGAUGUCUCGGACACCAGAUGGCGGUAUCGGAGGCGUAGGGUGGUGGCAAUGGGCGAACGGUUAUACAGCAAUAGCCAACCACAUCGAUUGGUCCAGCGACCAUCGAAACCUUGACCUCCUACAAGCUCGACUCAAUUGCUGCGAAGAUCAACAUCCCAUGCUGAUCAAUGAAUUCAACGAUGACACUCUAUGGUGGGGCCUCUGCUGUAUCCGCAUCUACGAGAUCGAUGGCAACGAGGAGUUUCUCAAGAAAGCCGUUGUCAUCUGGCACCAAUGCCACAAGUACAUCUGCCAAGCAGGUCGCCAUACUUGCUGCGGGCAGGACAUGUUGGGGGGAUGCUACUGGACCAACAAACCUGGAGAGGGGUAUCUGAAUGCUAUCACUACGAGCUUGUUUGCUGAGCUGAGUGUCCGCAUCGCUCGAGUCGAAUUGAGGCGCGGUCCUCAAGGCCAUUCGAGUUUCGGCAAGCUGAAGAACCGCUUCAGUCUCCACCACCAUAUGGGUGGUACGGACUUUCUCGAAGCCGCACGUUGCUCGAUUGGAUGGAUCCUGCGAUGCGUGUAUCUCCCUGGGGAUGGUGUGGUGAUGGACGGCAUCGAUACCAAGAAGAACUCGCUGACGAACUGGACUUUCACCUACAAUACUGGUGUAGCCAUAGGUGUCUGUGCACUCAUAUACGACCUUACUCGCGAGCAGGAGUACCUGCUGCUGGCCUGCCACAUGGCACGUUGUUCUAUGCAGAAGCCUGGAUGGGUCGAGAAAAAUGGUGUACUGUCCGAUCUAGGAGCCUGGGGUCGUGGCGUAGAGGAGCCUGCGAAGAAUGGCGACGGUGUCGGGUUCAAGGCUGUGUUGGUCCGACAUCUAGGUACGCUUUACGAAGUCAUCCGGCAGAGCAGAGACCUCGAUCCGAGGUCUAUGGAGACGGCCAGCUAUAUCAAGAUCUUUAUCAACAUCAAUUUCCAAAGCCAGCAGGAGCGGAAUACUAAUGGCAAUGGACAGUAUGGGCCUUGGUGGGACGGACCUUUUGUUGGUGCUACUUCUCACAGUCAGCUGCCGGUGCUGGAUCUUAUGGCUGUUACUAUGCUUGUCAACAGGACGUGA